AUGGUUGUGCCGACUAUUCCACAGUUUUUCAAAGAUAAAGAGAUUUUUAUCACUGGUGGCAGCGGUUUUUUAGGAAAAGUCCUGAUAGAGAAGAUUCUAAGGAGUUGUCCCGAUUUCAAAGUGAUCUAUUUGCUUCUGAGGGAGAAAAAGGGCAAACCGAUUGAGGAGCGACUCGAGGACAUUUUACAAAAUGAGUUAUUCAGUUUAGUCAAAGAAAAAACGCCUGAACUAUUUAAAAAAGUGGUGGCAGUAUCUGGUGACGUCAGUCAACUCCAAUUAGGUCUAAACGAAUCUGACAAACAAUUAGUACUCAGGUCAGAAAUUGUAUUUCACGUAGCCGCCAAUGUCAGAUUCGAUGACCAUUUAACAAAGGCAACUUUGAUGAAUACUCGAGGAACACGAGAAAUUAUGGAACUGAUGUUACAAAUGCCUAAUUUGGUGGUUGGUGUCCACGUCUCGACUACUUAUUGCAACACUGAUAAAGACACCAUAGAGGAAAAAGUGUACAGAGACCACGGAGAUUGGAGGGAAGCCAUCAGACUGGCUGAGGACUAUGAUGAUGAAUAUAAUAUUGCAUGCCUCACCGAAAAAUGUCUUGGAAGAUUAAGAAAUACAUAUCUGUACACCAAACAUUUGGCUGAAAAUAUUGUAGAAGACUACAGCGACAGACUGCCCUUGGUUUUAUACAGACCAGGAAUUGUCGUAUCUGCGUGGAAGGAACCAAUACCAGGAUGGGCCGAUAAUCUCAAUGGACCUAUAAGUUUUAAUAUUGCCGGUGCAAAAGGUCUUCUAAGGGCGAUGUACGCCGACCCAAAACUCAUUUUGGACUACACACCAGUAGAUGUAAUUAUCAAAGGCCUCCUGGUAGCAACUUGGAAUAAAGUGACUAAGAGGGGUCCUCAAAAAAAUCUACCGGUCUACAACUGUUCGGUUUACAAUAAAUUUGUGAUAACCCAAGAACGCGCCUAUCAAAUCGGUAUGAAAAUGAAUUCGAAGACGCCAUUUAAGAAUUUCUGGUACCCUAGAUGCACGUUUACCGGCAGUUGGAAAAAAUUUUGGUUAUUGUUUUUCUUCUGCAACAUAAUACCAGGAUUCAUCCUGGACAGCCUUUUAAAAGUCACAGGACACAAACCAAUAUUGAUGAAGAUUCUGCGAAAAAUUUAUGUUGCCAUUUUGGCCUUAGGAUAUUUUGCGACAAGGAAUUGGGACUUUAAAAGUGAUAACUUUUGGAAUUUGCUGCAAAAUUUAUUACCCGAAGACAGAAAUGAUUUCGACUACGACAUGAAAACCUUUGACGCCUAUGAAUUUGCAUGGAACUUCAGGAUGGGAUCAGCCAAGUAUCUUCUGAAGGAACCAGAAAAUCCUGCCGAAUACAAAAAGAUUUACAAGAGAAAUAAGAUUCUGUACUACAGCAUAGUUUACGCGCUUUUGGGCACUUCGGUCUACUUAGUAUUUUCAUCCAGAUAUUUAAAGUGUAUCGUCAAGAAAUACAUUGCAAUGUAG